AUGUGUGAACCAGGGAAGGACAGUGACAGUACUGGGACAUGGACGGAAAAGGACAGUGCUAUAUGCGAGUUAACAUACAUAGCAUUAGAUUUUAAACAUGAUAUCGAGCGCGUGAUAGCAAACGUGACUGAGGGAAUUACGCAGACUGAAGUAGAUGAGGACGCGAAAAUGAAGUCAUACAUUAAAUGUUUCCUAGUGAAUGUAUUUAUGAAAAAAAUAAUGGGCAAAACAUGUUUACAGACACCUGGUGCACAACUAGCAUUUGAUUUAGCCCAUGGGACAUUGAAGGAAUUAGGACAAGUGGAGGUUGGUAAUAUUUCAUGUGAACGGGAGGAUGCAGGGGAGGGAGGUGUGAGGGGAGUAAACGCGAGAGAUAGAACUUUCUGGGAAAUAAUGGAAAGAUGGUUUACUAGGAAUAUGCAGAAAAUAAAUGAUGGGGACACAGGAAUAUUGGGGGAAGGUUGCAUGGUACAAAAACAAGCCACAAAGGGCGGAAAGGAUGAACACGUGGGUGAGUUGAAGAGGACAGAUGCAGAAAAGGUAAAAGACACAGUGAAAGCAGACAUAAGGAAUGUGAACAAGGAGAUAGACGAAAACGUGUCGAAAAUAUUGCAAGGAAUUGGAGAUUGUAAGCAUGGGGCAACCGAUUGUAUAAGGCAGUUCUUGGAGAAAGAACAGGAGGAAGCAAAGAAGAACUAUGAAUCCCCUCCGGAAACUGAGGACGUCCACGGGAAGCCACCGGCCGUACAGACACCAGUACCACCAUCAACACCAUCACAACCAGGCGGGUCACACCAGGAUAUCGUAAGUGUGGCCGCCACCAAGGACGCAACACAAAAGGAACCGACAGGACAAACGGAAGAAGAGGAAACAAAAGCAACAACACCAGAAGCAGGUGACGACACGGGACCAGCUCAACCAGCAGGACCAGCAUCAACACCGGCACCCGCAGAAGGCAAUACGGGCAAAGACUCACGUCCGGGGUCUAUUCAUGCGACGACGUCAACAUGUGGGACCACCACAUACACUGAGACUACGGAGACAAAUGGGAGUAAAGCCACCAUUACAAUCACUACCGUGGAUUCCCCAUCCACUGGAUGCUCCGGAAGUGGUACCCCAGGUAGUGAGUCCGAUGAGAACAAAGACCGAGAGAACAAAAAAAACAAAAGACACCACAUUUCCGGAGAGACAACACGGAGAGACAACACGCAGAGACACCACGGAGCCCGCGACAGCGCCGUCGAAUGUGAAUGA